AUGUUGUGGAUGACAAGUGCUUCAGAGCUAUUUCAUAGCCGGAGGUAUCGCUUUGGUGUUCGCUACAACGGCGUCGAGUUUUCAGGAUUUGAUACCUCGUUACCGGACGCCAGUUCUUCUUCAUCUUCUCUCCAACACCGCACCACAAACCGUCGCUAUAAUCGCCGUGAAAAUCGCCACGACGAUGGCUGUGACCUUGCUUCCCGGCGGAUCCACCGCCGUCGCCUCGAUCAUUCGGAACAUGAAUCAUUUCACCCUGAACAAGUUCAUAAUCAAUCUCCAACCGGUAGCAUUAUAAAUUCAGAAGAUUUCAGAAGCAUACACAGACACAGAGCCACUGGGAAUGACAGGCUUCCUGGAUCUGUAUUACUUGCAAGAGAAAGACUUCUUGAAAGAUUGAGAGGUGUCUCUGUUUCUCAAAACAGACAAAGCAGCAGUUCUUCAUCAAACAGUCAUCAAGAUGACAGUAAUCUGUAUGAAGAAAUGGCAUCUGAAUCAUGGCAACCAUUAACAAGAAAUCAUCAUCAUCCUCAUCCUCCUGGACUUCAUCAAGAUGUGUUAAAUUGUUUAAAAUUAGAGGUUUUUAGUGAUGAUGGAAAAGGUGAUGAGAGUUCAAGGGAGUGUACGAUUUGUUUGGAGGGUUUUGAGAAUGGUGAUGAAGUGAUACGAUUGCAUUGCUUUCAUGUAUUCCAUUCCGGCUGCUUGAUUCCAUGGAUUAGGGCAUGUGGGGCUUGCCCAAAUUGUAGAAAGGGUAUAACCGUAAAUGUAAAUGUACCGUGAAAAUUUAAUGAAAGAUUAGACUGUUUGACGCACAUAGACUACUGAAGUUGGAGUGAACUUAUAAGCUGACUUUUUAAAAAAACUAUUGGAGUGAACUUUAAGAUAAUCUGGCUUGUUAGCAAAAGCCAGGUUUUCAACUAGUCUGUCAAAUACAGUCUUAGUGAACAGUUGGCUACCCUAGAGCUUUAGAUGCCGGCUUUUGUUGUAUAUUGAUAGUUUGGUGUGUAGUUUGGCUGAAUGAUUUUGUAUAGAGAGUUUGAAACCAUGUAAUUUGUCAUGUAUGCAUCUAUGCUCA